AUGUCUCAAGUCGUGGGCAAAACGCGCCUCGCCUACGCCCGCGCAUGGCACCACAUCGAUGUCGCCAGCGAUGACCGCGCCCUCGGCCGCCUUGCCUCCGGCAUAGCCCUCACCCUUAUGGGCAAACACAAGCCCAUCUUCGAUCCCUCCACCGACUGUGGCGACUACGUCGUCGCGACCAACUGCGCAGACAUCCACGUCACGGGGAAGAAGCGCGAGCAGAAACUGUACCGCACGCACACCACGCGACCUGGCAGCCUGAAGGAGAUCAGCCUGGAGAACCUAGCGGAAAAAUGGGGAGGCGGCGAGGUGCUGAGGCGAGCGGUCAGCGGAAUGUUGCCUAAGAAUCGAUUACGGAAGGGAAGGUUGGAGAGGCUGAAGACAUUUGAGGGGGCGGGGAACCCGUAUAAGGAGAACUUUUUGAAAGUGAGCAAUGGGGGUGGGCAGGGGAUAAUAGAUUUCGCGGAGGUGAGGGAGACCUUGAAGGCUGCGAAAGGUGGGGAGGUGGCGCCACCAUCAUAG